CUUCGUGAGGACGGCUUUGAUCGUGCGUGCAAUGUGGUGGACGAGUGGAAAGUGUCCAAAGUGUCUACAUACUACCGAUUUUGCAAGCUAAAUGGACAUUGUCACCACAUUGGAGCAUCGCCCGAAGGCUUAUGUGCAUUUUACGCGCUAGGUAUUGCGACUGAGCUGGUGGGU